UGUAUGAAGGCUAGUUUUUGGAGCAGAAAAAGAAGAAAAAAGAGAUAAUUACACUCAUUAUAUUUGCAAGGGCCAAUACUGGGAGACACCUCUUUCCCGCGUUUUCUAAGCUUCCCUGCUUAAACUGAUACGAACUCAAACGCCGGCGUAUCUUCUUAACGUGGGUACUGCAAUUUGGAGCUUAUCAAUGCGGGUUCGAUUUAUCCUAUAUCGCCGAUACUGCACAAGUAAUGCAAUUUUCUCUAAUUCUCAGAUUUCUAGGUACGCUCGGCUUGGUCAAAUCGAGAAUGCCCGAAUGGUGUUCGAUGAAAUGCCUGAGAGAACUACCGUGUCCUGGAACUCAAUGAUUGCGGGGUAUUUUCAAAACAACCAACCCGGAGAAGCCCGAAAAAUGUUUGAUAGAAUGCAGCUCAGGAACUUGGUUUCUUGGAACGGUUUGAUAUCCGGGUAUAUCAAGAAUGGGAUGGUUAGUGAGGCCCGGAAAGUGUUUGAUUCAAUGCCGGAGAGAAAUGUUGUUUCGUGGACUUCGAUGGUUAGAGGGUAUGUGCAAGAGGGAAAGAUUUCGGAAGCUGAGUCGCUUUUUUGGCAGAUGCCUGGAAAGAAUGUUGUUUCGUGGACGGUGAUGUUGGGGGGACUGAUUCAAGAUGGCCGGGUGGAUGAGGCUCGGAGGUUUUAUGAUUUGAUGCCGGAGAAGGAUGUCGUGGCAAGGACUAAUAUGAUUGGUGGGUAUUUUCAGGCAGGCCGCUUGGCUGAAGCGCGUGAGAUUUUCGAUGAGAUGCCACGCAGGAAUGUUGUUACAUGGACUACGAUGAUAUCUGGGUAUGUGCAGAACCAACGCGUGGAUGUUGCUAGGAAGCUUUUUGAAGUGAUGCCAGAGAAGAAUGAGGUUUCGUGGACGGCGAUGCUGAUGGGGUACACUCAGUGUGGACGGAUCACAGAGGCUUCAGAGCUGUUUCGUGCAAUGCCGGUUAAGUCAGUGGUUGCUUGUAAUGCAAUGAUACUUGGGUAUGGCCACAAUGGGGAGGUAGAAGAAGCAAGGCAGGUUUUUGACAAUAUGAGAGAGAAAGAUGAUCAGACAUGGAGUGCUAUGAUAAAAGUCUAUGAACGGAAAGGUUUAGAAUUGGAAGCACUUAAAUUGUUUACUUUAAUGCAAAGAGAAGGUGUUAGGCCCAAUUUCCCUUCUCUGAUAAGUCUUUUAUCUGUUUGUGGAAGCUUGGCAACUCUUGAUCAUGGUACACAGAUUCAUGCCCAGUUGGUGAGAAACCAAUUUGAUCUUGAUGUAUAUGUUGCCUCAGUUUUGAUCACAAUGUAUGUUAAGUGUGGCAACCUUGUGAAGGCAAAACAGGUCUUCGACAGGUUUGGUGAAAGGGAUGUUGUUAUGUGGAACUCAAUUAUCACUGGUUAUGCCCAACAUGGUUUAGGAGAGGAAGCUUUACAAGUUUUUCAAAAGAUGUGCUCUUUGGGGAUACCACCAGAUGAUAUCACCUUUAUUGGAGUUCUUUCAGCAUGUAGCUAUUCUGGGAAGGUAGAACAAGGUCAUGAGAUUUUCGGGACAAUGAAAUCAAAGUAUCAGGUCGAGCCAGGAACUGCACAUUAUGCCUGCAUGGUUGAUCUGCUUGGUCGAGCAGGCCAGGUAAAACAGGCAAUGGAUUUAAUAGAGAAAAUGCCAGUGGAAGCAGAUGCCAUUGUUUGGGGUGCAUUAUUAGGUGCAUGCAGAACGCAUAUGAAGUUGGAUUUGGCGGAAGUUGCGGCAAAAAAACUUAUACAGCUAGAGCCCCACAAUGCAGGACAUUAUAUCUUGCUAUCAAAUAUGUAUGCAUCCAAAGGUAGAUGGCAUGAGGUUGCAGACCUGAGGAAAACGAUGGGAGCCAAAAGUAUUACCAAGUCACCUGGCUGUAGCUGGAUUGAGGUGGAACAUAAAGUACAUAUGUUUACUUGGGGAGAGACCACAGGCCACCCAGAGCAUGUGAUGAUCAUGAGAAUGUUAGAGAGACUAGGUGUAUUGUUAAGAGAAGCUGGGUACUGCCCUGACAGCAGCUUUGUGUUGCAUGAUGUGGAUGAAGAAGAGAAGGUCCAGAGCUUGGGUUAUCACAGUGAGAAGCUGGCAAUAGCGUAUGGACUCCUUAAGGUGCCACAAGGGAUGCCCAUUCGGGUGAUGAAAAAUCUUCGGGUAUGUGGGGAUUGCCAUUCUGCAAUUAAACUAAUAGCCAAAGUUACUGGGAGAGAGAUCAUUGUGAGGGAUGCUAACAGAUUUCAUCAUUUUAAGGAUGGCUUGUGUUCUUGCCGAGACUAUUGGUGAUUGCAGAACCUUGUGCUGAGGAUAGAUCCUGCAACAGAUUGUAGAUACCUAAAUUUAUUGUCUCAACUCUUCACUGUCCAAGAGAUUCAGCAUCAAAACUUCAGAGUAGGCGUAUCAUGUUGGGUCUGAAUUUGAAACGGCCUUACUCUGAAGUACUUUUUAGAGUAGAGACCAUGUUAGAAAUGUUCUGCAUAACUGCUUAUAGAGAGCCGGAACAUGACAUGAUACGUACAUAGCGAGUAAUGAGCCGAGUUGCUUAGAUGGAACUGAAGAUUUCUGCUGCACAAAAGUUCAUGAAGAAAAGGUCAUCUUCUAAUAUUUCAUUGCUUUAGACCCUUCAGCUCCCAAUACGCUUAUUAGUUUGUUGUAUUCGAACUCUAGUUUCCACAAGGCCUAACUAUCAACCACCAAGUUAGUGAGUGUGUCAACUUGGGACAGGGAUGGAACAUGGAGUUUAGGGAUGAUCUCCUCCCAUUUGACAGUAGGGUAAUAAUGAUGAACUACUGAAGAUUUGAACGGUGUACAGAUAAUUCUAGUGAUGUUAUGGAUUAUCAUCUCUUCUACUGGAUAACAUGUCAUGAUUACAUGCUUAAUCUUGGUUGUUGCCGACAUGAUACCAUGUUAAAUGGAACUAGCACUACAUCAUGGUGCCUAGUAGUUUAUUAUAAAGCAAAUCCACUUUAGAAUG